AUGUUUACGAUCACAGUGUCCGACGUGCCUUGCGGCCGAGGAAACAUUGGCUCACGCACGGCGAGGCUGGUCGGAGGACAGAACGCGAUACCACACGAGUUCCCUUGGAUGGUGAGCAUCAGCAGAAAAGGAGGACACUUCUGCGGCGGUACCAUUCUUAAUUCAAGAUUCGUCCUGACUGCAGCCCAUUGCCUCUGUUCAGCCACCUCCGUAAUUCCCGUCGGUCAACUGAGGAUAAGGCUCGGCGAGUACAAUUUGAAGGGACCGGAAGUGCCGGCGUCGAAAGAAGAGAGAGUUGCAAACGCCAUCUUGCACCCUGGCCACAAGUGCGGAAAAUACGUGGACGAUAUUGCCCUUCUGGAACUCGCAAGGCCAAUCGCUUGGUCUGAGAGCGUGAAACCCGCCUGUUUACCUGUGGCCACAGGGAAACCAGGGUACAGCGCCUUCGGCGGGGAACUCGCCAGGGCCGCUGGAUGGGGUUGGUUCGGCGAAGACAGGUCCAAAUAUAAACGGGCGGACGUGUUGCAGAAAGUGGAGGUUCGCGUGAUCGAGAACAAGCUGUGUCGCGAAUGGUACGCCAGUCAGGGCAAGCUGACCCGCGUGGAGUCGAAGCAAAUGUGCGCUGGCCACGAAGAAGGUGGCCGCGACUCUUGCUGGGGUGAUAGCGGAGGUCCUCUGAUGAUCGGAAGUCAUCCUCAUGGUAGCGUAAUGGUCGUAGGGGUGGUUUCAUCGGGAGUAGGAUGCGCUCGACCACGACUUCCGGGUGUGUAUACUCGUGUCUCGGAAUACAUACCUUGGAUCACGCAACAUGUGCUGCGAUGAAGAAAGUUUGAAGAUUUUCUGUUUUAUUUAUUAGAUUUUUUAAGUAAAAUUUCAAUAGACACAGGAAAUAGUCAUUACUUGCAAUAUGUAUCUCACCGAUUGCAAUAAGUUAUGAAGAGUACAAAAUGUAACAAAAUAAUUAUCAGUUAAGAUGUUCAGCAAAGCUAU